AUGGAUACCGACGCGGCCUCUCGGUAUCGAUCUCGCAUUCUUCGAGAGAUGAAUGCGAACCGCGACAACCCCUUCAACUCUCCCCCAUCAUCCACCGGAUCUCAUGGCACUGUCAGCCCAACGCUGACCUCCGUCCUCUCCGAUAUCGACGGCGAGUCGACGCGGAAGCUCAAUGCCGACAUUGCGAGGAUAACUGGCAAGAAAUUCCAGGUCAAUUGGGAAGCUGCCCACCAAAAGUGGCCGGAGUUCUACGACCUACCUUCAAAACGCGUCCCUAAAGAAAACAGGACAAACUUGUAUUCUACGCAUCUUGACAACAACGACGACGACUCUACCGAAGACGCGUGGAAAGGCUCGAAUAGGACCCGUGCCGAGAUGCAGCCCAGUGUGCAGAACGAGUCUGACACGUCGACUGUGCUCUCCGGCAAGGCCCAGCACCUAAGAUCUGCUUCGGCGCAAUUUGAUCGACGCGAUUUCCAAAGGCAUAGCCCUCUCGCCCAAACUCAUUCCAGAAGUCCCUCCGGUCCACAGCAUACAGCCAACGUCUCAAGUCGUCGGACAUCGGCCGAUGCGCUCCUUAACAGGCUUCGCGCGUCAACCGCGAGCCCAGACCGCGCCCGACAUUCACUUAACCAGCAUACCUCACAUAGACACAGCUCCGGGUCCAACUUUGCCAAGUUCUCACCUUCUGUGCAGAAGGCUCUUGAUCGACAAGUGCCCAUCUCCACCCCCGGCAACGGCAACACGACAGCCCGCUCCUUCUGCAUGCCCGACAUCUCCUACCUCGGCGACUUUGUUUCCGGCACACUGCGUUUCAACGGGACGGUGAAGAAUGGUGUUCCCAUUCUCGUGAAGCAUGGCAAGGUCAUUGAUCUCAAUACAAGGCAGCCGCCCAACGACCAUGCUGAUGUCGACGGCUUCGAGGUUCCUGAGGAUGAGGAACGCAUCUUUGUCUCUAUGGAUAUGAUUCGAGACGAGAUUAUUGCUCUCCAAGAUCACCAUGAUGGCAUGCAAAAAUAUGCCGAAGAGCUUCAGGUUGAAGUUGAGCAGUUGCGUACCCAGAUCAUGCAGCUCAAGAUGCGCAGGUCCGUGGAUAGCGGCUUCGGAUCAGAGCCCGACGGUUCCAUGUAUGAACAACUUCUUUCUGAAAAGAAGAGACUGGAAGAGAAGGUAGAGGAGCUGCAGAAACUCCUGGAUGAGGCCAACAGGAAGCUUAACGAUGAAGGCAGGAACAGCGACACUUUAACAAUUGAACGUGACCGCGCUCUUAAGAAGUUACAAGACGCUUGCCACAAUAUUGGAGAUCUUAUGGACAAGCUAGACUCGAGGGAACAAGAGCUGCGCAAUACUCAGAAGCAGCUUGACAUCACCUUCCAGUCCAAAGAUGUAAACAACACUCUUCGUGACGAACUGGAGAGCACGAAGCGCGCCCACGAAAGCUCGCUUCGGGAGGUGUCUUCCCUAAAAGAAACCAUUCAGAAGCUCCGUGAGGCGCAGAAGAACCAGCAGAGCGAAAUCGAAUCCCUGCGAACCGACACCAUCAGCCUUCGCCGCGAGCAAGAAACCCUAAUGACUGAAAACCGUUCCCUCCGCUCCAACGCCCGCGCAUUGAUGACGGAGAUCGAAGGCCUCCGCCACACCGCCGAAAACGCUCAGCAAGAAAUGGAUGCUGCACGCGAAGAAAUUGACAGCCUUCAGCAAGAGGUUCAGGUCCUCGAGCAGGAAAAGGCCACCUUUAAGGAGGAUAAUGAUAGCCUUGUCCGCCACAACGAGAAAUACUUCACCGAGAAUAAGCUUCUUCGCCGUGAGAACUCGGGCUUCGAGCGUAGCCUUCAUGACCUCCAUGAUGAAAACCUCCAGCUCAAGGAGGAGGUGGAAUUCCUGAAGAAACAGCUUGACCACGUCCGCCCCACCGGCCGCGAGGAUGAUCUGAGCGGACCAUUCUCGAGGCACGAUGAAGACAAUAUGACCUCCGGAUUCACUGUCCCUGACAUAACAUUGCAGCGCAAGGAGGUCGAAGUCACUGAAGAGGCGGCCACCGAGACUGAUAUGCUUCCCCCCGCGGAUCUGACGACACAGACCAAUGAGAUUGCCGACGACCAGGAGGACAAGUCUAUGGAUAUCCGUGAGACAAUUGAGAAGGACGAUAGCGUUGUUGUUGCCACCGAGACUCAAACCAAGAACCGGAAGAAGACGAAGUCCGUUCGUGACAAUACGUCCCAACGAGUGGCCUUCUCCGUCCCGGAGCCGGCGCCCCAAGAAACCAAGGCGAAGCCCAACAUUGCGGCAAAGAGGCGCAAUGUUGCCCCCCGUGAGACCUCUAAGAAUGAUUUUGCGGGGCCCGUCAACUUUACCCUCGACCAGGAGAGCACCGGCUACCAAUCGGCUGAGCCCACACAGACUCAUCAGCUCACCCAGAACAACACCAAAUCACAGACGGUUCAUUUAACGACGACCAAGACGACCCAGCGAAGCAGCAAGCGUACCAUCAACAUCAACGGCCCGAGGCCAGCCUCGCGCACUGGCUAUCAACGGUCGGCAGCCUCGACUGGACAAGUCUCUGUUGAAAACACUGUCAAUAGCAUAGCGAGUGUAUUGAACAGAGCCGCCUGCCCGGCCCUGUCUGAACAAGCGCGUCGCAUCCUCGACGGUCUUUGUGAGCACAACUGCCGCAACUGUGUGGUAUGCAGCCGCAUCGUCGGCCACCGCGGUACCAUAUCCGCGGCGGAUCGCGCCGAAGGCAAGAAGAGAAUUACCAUUGCUCGACCCGUCCCCGUGACCGACAGAAUGAACGAGUGCUCCGAAGACCCAACCAUGCGGCCGUCCCAACCCCCCGGCCAAGCCCUCGCCAUCGUCAUCAAGGGUCUCGAGGAUGAAGCCGCCCACAUGAGCAUGGAGCUCACCAAACUGCAGGCACAGUACAACAUCAGUGACAAGUCCCUGGGCAAGCGCGAGCGCCACGACCUCGUGAGCGAGAUUCAGCAGCUUCUCAAGAAGCUCGAGGUCAAGAACGAUCAGAUUUACGCCCUGUACGACGUACUUGAGGGUCAGAAGCAGGCGGGCCAAGCGAUGAGCGAUGAGGAGCUUGAGAUGACGAUUUUCAGCAUCACGGGCAUGUCGGUUAGAGAUGUCACCGACAAUCUUACCUGGAAUGGAAUCGAAGGUUAA